AUGUCAUGGGAGCUUCAGGAUUUCUCUGACAAUGCCUAUUACGCUCCAUCUCAGCAUUGGUUUCUGAAUCGUCAGGGCCUAGACGAUGGCCAUGACUUGCCAGAUUCCGACAUGUAUAAGCAACAUGUCAAGGCUCUGUUUAAGAAUCUUUCCAGAGGUCAAAAUGAAGCUUCAAGAAUGGUGGUUGAAUCUGGCCCCUAUGCUUUCCAUUACAUCAUAGAAGGACGUGUUUGCUACUUGCAAAUGUGUGACCGCUCUUACUCAAAGAAACUCGCGUUCCAAUACCUAGAAGAUUUCAAGAAUGAAUUCAAACGUGUCAAUGGGCCUAACAUUGAAACAGCUGCUCGACCUUAUGCCUUUAUUAAAUUUGAUACCUUCAUACAGAAAACCAAGAAAUUGUAUGACACACGUAUGCAACGUAAUAUAGCCAAGUUGAAUGAUGAACUCCAUGAGUUCCAUCAAAUAAUGACGCGGAAUGUGCAGGAAGUUCUAGGUGUUGGUGAAAAGCUGGACCGAGAACAGGAAUCACUAGUUGUGUACACCGCCGCUCCAUGUUCACCACCACCACUGACCGCCGGUGCCAUCCACCACAGUCUGUGCUCAUCCUAUCCAACAUUGUCAUCGACCAUAGAUUUUAUCCAUGUUUAA